UGUGUGUGUGUUUGUGUGUGUGCGCGCCCGCGCGUGUCCAAUGUCCAAAGGUAGCACUGUGAUCUUGAAUACCUCCAGUUUCUUCAGUAAUUGUACUUAAUACAUGUUGUUGGUGUAUAUGUAUAUAGCAUAAUGCUUGGAUUAGUCCAGGCUUAGUGCAUCCAACAUUUUGUGCUUAAAUCCCCAUUACCUUUGUUUGAGAUAAUAAUACACAUAACAUGGGGUUUUUAUCAGAGUCGCCAACCCAAAAGAAGACACAGUUGUGUAUUGUACGGAGAUGUGAGACCGCCGGGCGGGGCAGAAAGGCAGGCUUGACAGCAUCGGAUACAUGUUCUACCCGAGCGACCUCCUGGCAUUCGACAUAAAAGUUAAUGGAGCGAAACAUGUUGAUUGAACCCGGCCAUAGCGUAAAGUCAGGAUGUAGACGCACUGCACCAGGUCACCUCAAGAAACGUGCACUGUAAUUCGCGUACAGCUUUUAUGUCCUGUUAUUACUGUUUGAAAAUGAUGGAGAGGCUACAGCUAUGUGAUUGUCAUCGAUUGCAUCGUAUGACGGAAUUGAGACGGUUAAGGGAUUUGUUUAUCCCUUGUCCUUCCCAGCGGGAGCGCGCUGGGCGGGGUCCGUGUGUCCGUGCCGCUGUCACUGCAUGGUCUAGUGAUCCCUGCAAGUCAUCAGUUUUCCGCCGGCGCGAACGAUAAGCGCCUGAUAACAUCAACGGACAAGUGGCGAAUCAACACUGCCUUCGCGUCCACAGCUGUAUCUCCCUGUUCUACAAGGAAGCGGUAUGUAAUUAAGCGUGUUAACUUUAUGAGGAAACAGUCGACUACAGCCGACUUACAAGCGACACUGCACAGCCUAUGGAGCUUCUGUUGUGGUGUGUGAUGGACAGGCAGACUGACAUGCGCAUCCAGCCUGAAGCAUUUCGGUUCUGUCACUGGUUGAGAGAUGCGAAUUUGAUGGAUGCGAGUACCUUAUGCUACAUCGUCUACGUAGCCCACUACCUACCAACAUACAGACAUCCUUUCUCUGUCCUCCUGUCCUCUCUGUUUGAGUGACUGUCCCUGCAUUCCACCAAAGAGAUGGCGGAGGCCUUGAUAGCUGUGGCUCAGGACCAGUUUAGCUGUCCAGUGUGUUUGGACCUGCUGCGGGACCCUGUGACGCUCCCCUGCGGCCACAGCUACUGCACCGGCUGCAUCAAGGGCUGCUGGGACCAGGAGGACCAGCGAGGCAUCUACAGCUGCCCCCAGUGCCGGCAGACGUUCUCCCCUCGGCCAGUGCUCGGCCGCAACGCUAUGCUGGCCGAGGUGGUGGAGAAGCUAAAGCACACGGGCGAGCAGGCCUCGGGCCCUGCGGCGCUGACCGUAGCCGGACCAGGCGACGUGGAGUGCGGCGUGUGCUCCGGCAACAAGCUGAAGGCAGUCAAGUCGUGCCUGGUAUGCCUGGACUCCUACUGCCAGAGCCACUUCAGCUGCCACGAGGAGCUGCACGCAGUCAAGAGGCACCAGCUGGUGGACGCCUGCGCCCAGCUGCACGAGAAGAUCUGCCACGCACACGACAAGCUGCUGGAGGUGUUCUGCCGCACGGACCAGCAGGUCAUCUGCCUGCAGUGUGUCAUGGACAAGCACAGUGGACACAAGACUGUGUCGGCCGCCACCGAGAGAGCUGAGAAACAGAAGCAACUUGGGAAGAAGCAGCAGAAGUCCAGACAUCACAUCAAGGAGCGGGAGGAGAAGGCGGCCGAAUUGAGAGAUGCCAUGAGCUCUCUUAAAUCCUCCACGGGUACAGCGCUCAGCUUCAGCGAGCGCAUCUUCAGCGAGCUGCUGGUGUCCAUUGAGAAGCGGCGCUCCAAGCUGGAGGAGGUGAUCCUGGCCCAGGAGCGUGCCGAGCUGCAGCGGGCUGCCAGCUUCCUGGAGCGGCUGGAGCAGGAGAUCUCCACACUGCGCCAGCGAGAAGCUGAGCUGGAGCAGCUCUCGCACACCGAGGACCACGUCCAGUUCCUCCAGAGAUUCCAGUCUCUGCGCAGCUGUCCAGUACUUGAGGAAUUACCCAGCACAACUAUCAGUUCUAUGUUGCCUGUUCAGGACCUUUUAAGGGCUGCCAAUGAUGUGAAAAUGAGGACCGAAGAUCUGCUGAAUAAGCAAAUAGACAAGAUAUCUCUCUAUGAGCCUCAGAUUGCACCAGCUGCUGAGCCAAAGACCAGAGACGAGUUCUUACAAUAUUUCUGUCAACUGACACUGGAUCCCAAUACUGCUUUCAAGCGUCUGAACCUGACUGAGGGGAACCUAGAGGCCAUAUCCACCAACCAGGACCAGGCUCUGCCUGAUCACCCUGAGCGCUUCAACCACAGGCCGCAGGUGCUGUGCCGCGAGGCCCUGAGCACUAAGUCCUACUGGGAGUUUGAGUGGAUGGGGAAGUGUGGCGUGGAGGCUGUGGUGUCCUACAAGGGCAUCAGCAGGAAAGGCCUGGGCAACGAGUGUCUGUUCGGCUUCAACGACCAGUCCUGGUGCUUCAUCUGCGCGCCGGCCAGGCACAUCUUUUGGCACGACUCGGUGAAAGCCGAGCUGCCGGGGCCGGGCUCCACGAGGGUGGGCGUGUAUCUGGACCCACCAGCAGGACUGCUAGCCUUCUACCGCGUCACCGACCCCACAACCUCUGACCCCACAAUGACCCUCCUCCACAGGGUCCACACCACCUUCACCCAGCCUCUCUACCCUGGCUUUGGGUUUGGGCUGGGGGCCAGCGUCAGGGUUUGCUGUCUGAAGGACUGAACAAGACUCUGGAUGCUCUCACAAAUUCCCCUCCAGCAAGCCAUUUCUCAUGUUUAUUCUGCCAAAAAAGCACAGAAGACUGUUGAAGGUUGUGGAGAUAUUUAGAUUACUGUAUAUAAUUAUACAAACAAGUAAAACAUUUCUUCAAGCUGUGAAUGGUGGGGGUUCGGAAAGAGUGCAAACCAUUUGCUGCAAUAGUUCUGAAACUCUUCGGCAAGGGGUUUAAAACACCAACCAGUUAUACUAUUUUAGGAUGACCAAAGACUCUGUUGGUUGGCUCUAGCACAUAUGGAAAGCUGUCUCAAUGGGAACUCGGUGGUUUUCGCGAAACUGCACAAUAGCAUAAAGUAAACCAGAAUUAAACCUGCACUAAAUCUGAACUUUCCCCCAGUACCUGCUGUUCCAGUCUUCUCUGGUUGCCCUUUGAUUUGCUGCUCCGGCUGAUGGAACCGCUUUAAGAUCAUCGUGUCCUCAUCAGCUGUAAAAUGCCUUACCUGUCUCUGGUGCCAUGUGUCAUUUGUCAUGUCAUGUCUAAUAACUAUUUAUCCUAACUCACCAGCAUUCUGUCACAAACAUUUGAUGCCAAUUAAA